AUGGCUUCCAUCGCAACUGACAUUCGCCGCACCUUUCCCCGCACAGACGAUGUCGUCGUGUCGUACAUUGCCGGACUCGUCGACGACGAGGACGAGGAAAUGGAGGAUAUCGUGGAUAUGACCCGGGGGAUGCUGUCGAGCGGUCCUUCCACCAGCAAAAAUGGCGAUCUCGACAACUUUAUGGACCGGCUUCUCGCCUACCUCGAGACCCAAUCGGCCAAGCGGGUCCGUAAAAUCACCGUCGCCCGUCAACUCGAUAAAACCGUCCACAUGCGAUCCCAAGCCAUGUCGGCGACAAUCGCCAUGUCUGGCAAGGUGGAUCUCGAAUCCAACACCAAGGGUCAGGCGUCUCGGGUAGACCUCGGGAAGCUGGCCAAGGCCGAGGCCAAGCUACGGGCCAAGGUGGAGAAGCGAGCGAGAAAGGGCGGAGACCUGUACCAAGGCUCCAAAUUGAUCGACGCUCAUCUCAAGCAGCAGAGCUACGAGGAGAUGUUUAUGAAGGUCAAUCCGCUGGAUCUGAGUGGGGCGGCCAAGGGAAAGUCCAAGGAUGUCCACCUUAUCAAUAUCGACGUUUCGUUCGCGAGCAACAAGAUUUUGUCGGGGGCGACAUUGACCAUGGCCCAUGGGCGACGCUACGGUGUGAUUGGUCGAAACGGUGUCGGAAAAUCUACCCUUCUUCGUCAUAUCGCCCUCCGAGAGGUCGCCGUACCUACCCACAUCUCGGUCCUGUACGUCGAGCAGGAAAUUGUCGGAGACGACACGACCGCCCUGGACUCGGUCCUCCAAGCCGACGUCUGGCGACACAAGCUCCUCACAGAUGAAAAGGAGAUCAAUGCCAAGCUGGAAAGGAUGGAAAAGGCGCUGGUGGCAGAAGGAGAGGAGAACAAGCUGGAUGGAGAAAAGGACGAGCUGUCGGCGACGCUGGGGGAUAUCCAAAAGAAGCUGGUGGACAUGGAGGCGGAAACGGGUCCUGCCAGGGCGGCGCUCCUAUUGGCGGGUCUUGGAUUCUCGGAAUCGGACCAAAAGAUGGCGACGAGGAGUUUCUCGGGUGGAUGGAGGAUGCGAUUGGCGUUGGCCAGGGCGUUGUUUGUCAAGCCAGAUCUUCUCAUGCUCGACGAACCGUCCAACAUGUUGGACUUGAACGCCAUCGCCUGGCUGGAAGACUAUCUCCAAACCUGGCCCGGAACCAUCCUCGUUGUCUCGCACGACAGAGCCUUCCUCGACCACGUCGCUACCGACAUCAUCCACCAACACUCGCAGCGUCUCGACUACUACAAAGGGAACUUUUCCCAGUUCUACGCCACCAAGACCGACCGGGCCAAGAACCAAAAGAAAGAGUACGAAGCCCAGCUCGCCUACCGGCAACAUCUUCAGGCGUACAUCGACCGGUGGCGGUACAAUGCCAACCGGGCGCCGCAGGCGCAAUCCCGGAUCAAGAUUCUGGAGAAGCUGCCCGAGCUCGAACCGCCAGAGGAGGAGGAUAACGAGAGUUUCAAAUUCCCUGAUCCGGAAAAGAUCUCUCCUCCUCUGUUGCAGCUCGACGAGGUGACAUUCGGGUACUCGCCGGAAAAGAUCAUCCUCAAAGGCGUCAACAUCAAUGUCGACUUUGAUAGCCGGAUCGCCAUUAUCGGACCAAACGGAGCCGGUAAAUCCACCCUCAUCAAGCUCCUCACUGGCGCCAUUCAGCCCAUGAAGGGGUCGGCGACGAUCAACCCUCGUGUCCGGGUCGCCUACUUUACCCAACACCAUAUCGACCAGCUCGACGUCACCAUGACGCCGGUCGCGUUCCUUCAGCACAAAUUCCCCGGAAAGGUCGAGCAGGAGUACCGGUCCCAUCUCGGUCAAUUCGGGAUUACCGGGUUGACGGGUAUCCAGAAGAUUGGGACGUUGUCGGGAGGGCAAAAGUCCAGGGUGGCGUUUGCGGUGUUGAGUAUGCAGAGGCCGCAUAUCUUGCUCUUGGACGAGCCUACCAAUCACUUGGAUAUCGAAGGGCUCGAUGCACUGAUCGAUGCCAUAGGAAAAUUCCGCGGCGGAGUGAUCUCUAUCAGCCACGACGAGAGAUACAUUCAGCGUACCGCCAAUUUGCUGUUCACAUGUGCGGAAGGCACUGUUCAGAAAUACACAGGGGACGUCACUAGUUACAAGUCACUUAUAGUAUCCGGUCUCGCCGCGAAGGUCAAGCCGACUUAG